AUGAAUUUAAAAACUUAUGAAGGUUCUCAGGAUGAUAUUCUUUAUUUGGCAAAAUUUUUUCUUGAAGGCUAUAUCGCUUUAAAUUAUGUUGGUUAUACUAAUUUUAUCAAAAAUUUUCAAACUGAAGUACCUGAGUUUUCCUUUAUCUUUUCUGAUAAAUCUUUAUCAAUUGUUGAGAAUGCUUUUUCAUUUGGAUUAAAUAAACCAUAUCAGAAUUGUCGUGGAUUACAAUUACUUUAUCUUUCAAAAAUUAUAUAUGAUUCAAUUAAGGAAAGUAAACAAGAUAUUUAUACUUUAUUUAAUAAGUAUCAAUUAUUAUUAUUGUGGGCAUCAUUGUUAAAUGAACCUGAAAUUUCAUUAAAGGAUAUAGGUGAAGAUCUUUUCGAUGAUAUUCAAGGAGUUUUGUCAAAAUCAUGUUCUGGAAGUUUAGAAACUAUGGAUGAAAAAUUAAAAGGAGACAUUAUUGCUUUUUAUUUAACGUCAUUUUAUUUUAAUCUUAUAUUUUAUAAUUAUGAUGAAGCUGAAAAAAUUUUAAAAAGGGCAAUGGAGCUUGGAUGUUUUAAUGUUGAAUUUGUAGGAGUUCUUGGUAAAAGAACAAAAUUUCAGGAAAAAGAUAUUGCUCAACUUGUAACUAAUUGUACAUUGAAUGACAAAAAAUUUAAUGAUGAUGACUAUUCAGUCAUAAAUAAAUUAGAUUUACCUGUUAAUGUACUUCUUAAUGAUGAUACACUUCUAGAAACAGUAUGUAGAGCAGAAAAACAUGAAGAAGAAAUUUUAUCACCUUUACAAUCUUCAAUAUUAUUAGCAUUUGCAUAUUUUGAAAGAAAAAGUCAAUUUAAAGAUGAAUUAUUAGCUGAGAAAUUAACUGCUUUGUAUAAUAAAGUGUUAUCAUCAUCAAACAAAUCUUGGGCUGUUACAUGUACAUCAUUGAUUGAAAGAAGUGUUUUAGAAAAAAAUAAUCGUAGAAAAGUAGAAAGAUCAUGUAGUCAAAUUGAAGUUAUAGCUAAAUUAUUAGAUGGCAUAGAUGAUAAAACUUCCGAUGAUGACAAAUAUUUUCGUAUAAAAUUGGCAAUUCCUUCAGGAAUGCUUCCAUUUUGGAAAGUAAAAAUGUAUCAUGCUGAAAUAUUGGUAACUUUAGGAUGUAUCUCGGAAGCACUUAUGAUUUAUGAAUCUCUUAGUGCUUGGGAUUAUGUUAUUGAUUGUUAUAAAAUGCUUAAACAAGUUGAAAAAGCUGAAACUCUUGUUAGAAAUUUACUAUCAAAACAAGAAAAUCCUUUGUAUUAUUGUUAUCUUGGUGAUAUUACACUUCAGUCUUCAUACUAUGAAAAAGCAAUUUCUAUAUCUGGUGAUAAAAGUGCUAGAGCACGUAAAUCUCUUGGUGAACUUUUAAUUAAUAGAAAUGAUUAUGAAAAUGCUUAUAAGAAUUUGAAACGUUCUGUUGAAUUACAACCAAUACAAUUAGGUGUUUGGUUUAAUCUUGGGCACUGUUCAUGGAAAAUUGAAAAUUAUCAAGAUGCAGUAACUGCAUAUCAUCGUUGUGUUUCAUUAGAACCAGAGCAUUAUCAGGCUUGGAAUAAUUUAUCUGCUGCCUAUAUUCGUUUGGGACAAAAACCAAGAGCACAAAAAAUACUUGAAGAAGCAUUGAAAUUUUGUUUCGAUGACGUCAAAAUGUGGGAAAAUUAUCUUUAUGUCUGUAUUGACAAUGGAGAUUUUAAAUCUGCUGUUAAAGCUUACCACAGAAUUCUUGAUGUUGGAGAAGGAAAACUUAUUUUGGAUAGUGAAUGUCUUGAAAUUAUUUGUACUGAAGUUAAUAAACUUUCAAAAAAUGAUAUUGUUAGAUUAGAGUUAUUGAAACUUAUGGCCAGAAUAACAUCAAAAACAUCAAUUAAUGCCAAUGUCUGGAGAGUUUAUGCUGCUUUGAAAAAACCACAAAUUGAUGACAUUGAUGCUGUUAUUGGAGAUCAAAAAAUUAUUACAGAAUAUUCUUCAUACAUUAAACUUUUAGAGAGAUGUAUUUUAGCAAAUAAAUUUCAAGGUAAAGAUUGGUUAGAAAAUGUUGGUAAUUGUAUUGAUGCACUUAAUGAUCAAAUUGCUCUUCAUGAAUCCAAACUUUUAUUUGCAAAACUUUCUCGUGAUCCAAAUAUUGAUCGUGUUAAGGGACAGGUUGAUUUUGAUCUAGAAACUUUAAUUAAAAAAAUAAUAAAAGUUCAUGGUAAAUUAGAUGGUUGUAUAACUGCAGAUUCUGAUGAUGAAGAUGAUAACGUUUUCAAUGUUGAAUCAAAGAGUGAUUUGUCUAAAAUUCUCCUUACUGCAUCUAAAUUAAUAGAAUAA